AUGCAUAAUCAACUUAAAUUAGCAGACAACCCUGCAAGCGACGUAGAUGCAACCUUACCAACCUCGGAGCAACAACCAUCAGAACCAUCAAAUAAUUCGACAUCUACUUCGUCACCCUCACCAACAGAAUCAAUAGAAUCAACUCUACCAGGCGUCAAACUACCAAAAACUUCAACACAAUGGGCUUUGACAAUCUUAUCAAGAUCAACAAGUAAGGACUGCGGAGCCAACUUGUUAUCAACAAAAAUAUCAAAAUCUGAUAAGUCAUGUGGUGACAUCAACUCAACUGAAACGACGAUUCUGGUGGACAUGCAGAAGAAUAUUUGCCCAGACAGAAAAUUUGAACAAAAAAUGCCAACUACCAAACUGGACUCAACAGCUACAAAAACCAUCAACACCCUGCAACGCAACCCCUCCAUCAUACCACGAAAUAUCUACAAUAGUUCGCAAGUACAAAGCUAG